AUGAGACAUUUUGAAAUCAAACAUAUUUCAGGUAUCAUGUCGAGCUCUGUGCAGAGUGAUUCUGAUGUGCAUAUUUCGCGCAUUGAUCAAACUAAGAUCAACGAGUUCGCCCGCAUGAAUGCUCGUUUGAAUGAUCUGAAAGAACUUAUUAAAGUGAAGGAAAACGAUUUGCGAAACUUGGAAGAUGCCGUGGACGAAAUAGCCUUGCUUGAUGAUGCUGAUCCGGUGCCUUAUUCUUACGGAGAGAUCUUCGUGAGCUGCAGCUUAGAUGAAGCUAAUGGCUUGCUAGAGAAGGACAAAAGUCGCCUCACCGACGAACUCAAGCUGAUGAAGUCUGAGGCCGGAUCGCUGUUGGAAACCAUGUCCGACUUGAAGACUCACCUUUAUGCCAAGUUUGGCGACAACAUAAACCUCGAACCCGAUCCAGAAGACGAUGAUUGAUUGCUUAUGGCGUCUUGAUUACGUGAAAGACGCGUUCUUCUUUAGCAUCUGCCCGUUAUUAAUAUUGUUCUUGAUAACUGUCAAUGUCAACAUUUUUUUUUGUUGCUGCUUCAAGAACCACUUGUUUCACCGGAUUAA